AUGAAAAAAGGUCUUUCUUCGUCAUCAUCUUCUACCUUGACGAUGAGAAGUAGCAGCGGCCACUCUUCAUUAUCGGCUACUCCACCUCAGCCCUCUCCACACAGAAGAUCAAAGGUCAUUACCGAUGAUGAUGAUGAUGUCAAUAUAAUUUUAUCGGAAGAGAAGCCUUCAUCAUCUUCAUCAUCAUUACGAGAUAUUUCAACGAAACAAAAAUCAACAACUAGCGGCAGUAGUAAAAACAAGAAGAAAAACAUAGUACCCAUUAUUCCCGAAUAUUCAUUAAUUUAUGAAUUUUCUCCGAGCAUGAUUGCCGAGUUUCAUUCCAAGUCCAUAAGUUGUGUUAAAUUUUCUCCCGAUGGUUACUCAUUGGCAGUGCCAUCUGCAGAUGGUAACAUCAGCGUUUGGAAUUUAUUGGAAAACAGACAAGAGAAUGGAUCUUCUGAAGAGACUAGGAUUUCGGAAGAUCAAAAAGAUGUUACCACAGAAAAUGGAAAGUCAUCAAUUUCUGGAAACAAACAAGGAAUGAUCAUGAAACCAACCAAGCGAACGAUAUGUUCUGGUCAUUUUCUCGGUGUCAAUGAUGUGUGUUGGAGUCCAGAUUCUCAAUAUUUAUGCUCUGCAAGUGAUGACAAAACUGUAAGAAUUUGGUCAGCUGAAGAUGGUGAAUUAUUGAAAACACUUCAAGGUCAUAAUCAAUUUGCUUAUUGUGUAGCUUUCAGUCCACGUGGAAAUAUUAUUGCAAGUGGAAGUUUUGAUGAAACUGUUCGAAUGUGGGAUGUAAGAACAGGAAAUUGUUUGAGAACAUUGCCAGCUCAUUCAGAUCCUGUUUCUUCGCUAAGUUUUUCUAGAGAUGGAUCACUUUUAAUCACUUCGAGUUAUGACGGAUUUUGUCGAGUGUGGGACACCACGACAGGUCAAUGUUUAAAAACUAUACUCGUAGAUACUCAGACGCCUCCUCCUCUCUCAUGUGCCAAAUUGUCACCUUUUGGAAAUUAUUUACUCAUUGCUUGCAUGUCCAAUCAAGAAUAUCCACACGCAGCAUUAAGGCUUUGGCAAUUAAGGCCUGAUCCAAUAGCAAAAAACAUUCGUACAUUUCGUGGUCAUGUGAAUGAACGAUUUUCUUCCAACAUCAUGUUUCAUCCCACGCUGAACCUUGUCAUUUCCUGUAGUGAGGAUGGAUUUGUAUAUAUUUGGGACAUUCAAUCCGGAAAUAUUGUGAGCAAGCUUAAUUGCAAUACUGGGAACGAUCCAAGAGGAACCAGCAAUAAUGAUAGCAACAAUAAUAAUACUAACACGGAUACAAGCAAUACUCAUCGAACGACAACCAUAGACACGGUGGUGCACACACAAACAGAAGAACCAAGUCAAUCACAUGGAACUGAUAUGAAUAUGGAUACAUCCUUGGAUGGUGGUUUUUCUGUUCUCUCUAUUGACAUCAUCUCAACAGUUGACUCGAUUGGAACCAAUUUUCUGGUCGCUUGCACCAAUGAACCACGAAUAUUGUUAUGGCAAGAAGCAUUGUCUCAUGGAAAAUCGUUCUAA